AUGGGACUGCCUUAUUCCCUUUUCCGGGAGAUGGAUCCUCCCAGCAAGCCUUUGAAUUUCAUUCCAAAACCGGAAUAUGAAUGCCGGAAGGAUGACUCUUGUGGGGCAGUAGGGAACUUUCUGCUUUGGUACUUUAUCAUUAUGUUGUUCCUGAUGAUCCUCUAUAGGGCUGCUCUCUGGCUGGAAAGGGACUUCGAAAGAUCGUCUAUCCUUCCUUUCUUUAGGCAGAUGUCUGAGAGAAAGGAUGCAUCACUAUCAACAGACAGUGGGACAAACAAUUUAGGAUGUAAAGAUGUCUACUGUAAGCGACAUGGCAAAAGCAGCAUCUGGGAAUCUUUUAGAAAGAUCUUUAAGAAGAAACCAAAGCAUAUGCAACUUUCACCUGUAACUGACUCAGAAGUGGCCCUUGUUAAUGCCUACCUAGAAAGGAGAAGAGCCAGACUUCAUUCUCAGCUGAGCCAGAGGAAUCAAGGCCUUCAGGAUAGCGAUACCACUGACAAGGACAGUGUGGACUCUAAUUCAGGAGCCUCCUCUUGGAAGGAGAGUGAGACUGAACACCACCCAACACCAGCCAGCCUUAGAAGAAGAAAGAUAGCUCAAAGGCAGAGGAACCUUGGAUGCUACAAAAUCAGGGAGAGGCCUUGCCUACACUGCAAAGCUAUGAGAACCAGCGAGUGGCUGACUCGCCACUUCCUUCAUCCUCCUGCACCUCCCCCAGUGGAUGGAGAUGUUCUGGAGGAGAGUUCUCUAAUAGAAAUUAACACAAAAUUCAGUAGAAUUUGAGCUUUAUCCACUUCUUAAUUAUUGAAGCCAAAUGAAUAAGAGAUUAAAACAAGUAUGAAAUAUCACCCGAGGGUCAAGGUAGUGAGGCUUUACAAUAAAGUCUCUCUGCUAAUGACAAGUGUA